AUGCUUGAAACUGCCAGACGAACAGCAGAAGAGAUCUUCAUGCAUCCAUCCGGUCUCGUUUCAGGGGUCGUUCUGUCAGGCUACCAGGUUGUCAAUUCUUUAUCGACACCGAAUCGACCCGACACGAUGGCCACCGCGGAAACAGUUGACCUCGGACCCCUUCAUGAGCCAAAGGCCGAGUCCAUCAACGCCUUCAGGGAUAUCGAGCACGAGCUCAAGGAAAGGCUUUUGACUACACGUCGUGAAUAUCAAAAGCACGAGCGCGAGUACUUCCAGGCUGUUGAGCAUCUUAGUGACGAAGAGCUGGCUGGAUUCAGCGCUGAAAACCUCGUCGCUGUUCGAGUUGCCGUCUCGGCCUACGGAGUUCAUCUCUUUGGCAAGGUUCGCAUUCCGGCUUUGCCUGAAUCUGGGCCUGCCUACAUCCACAUUAGAGUUUUCGAUGUCCCCGGAGACGAGCCGGCCAAGCUGCACAGCAUCCACACUGAGGAGACAGAGCAUCCAGAUGGCGAUAAGACAUACCGUGCCAUUUUCACCGACAGCGACGAGCUGGAGUGGUUCGACACAUGA